AUGUAUUCCUCACACCAACAGCCUGGCAUUCUCUUCCGGGAUGUGUUUCCCAUUUUCCAAGACCCUGUCCUCACAGAGGUGCUUAUGAGCCAUUUGGUAGGUCACUGUCUGAAGAAGUACAAGAAGGUGGACGUUGUUGUUGGCUUAGAUGCUCGAGGGUUCUUAAUGGGCCCUACACUGGCGAUGCGCUUGGGCUGCAGCUUUGUCCCUAUCCGCAAACAGGGUAAACUCCCCGGAAAAUGUGUAUCUGCCGAGUACAAGAAGGAGUACGGGGUGGACGUGUUUGAGAUCCAGGAUGGAAGUGUCACCGAGGGCCAGACUGUGGUGGUAGUCGACGAUCUGCUUGCCACCGGUGGAACCCUCAAGGUACUCGUACAUUCAUUUAUAACUUUGCCACUGUGAUCUGUAUGUCGUGUAUGUCCAUAAAUAGUCCCACAACGAACCGGACAUCUCGACGUAGAUUGACGUAUUAGCUACCAAUGUAGUAGAAUCUGAAGUCAAAAGCCGUGUUAGUGACAUCGAAUGUCGAAUAAGUAGAAAAAUCUGUGUUUUUUUUUCUGUGCGGAAGUCUAUUUCUUGAAGCGAAAUUAAGGUGUGUACAACUAGCGCAUCGCACGCCGCCGUAUACUAUGUCUGAGCUCGCUGUUUCUUGCAAGUAUUAAUCCUAUUUUGAUUGCUCGGUGGUUGAAAGGGCAAGUGUAUGGAUAGAGAAUAAACCCAUAAAGUACACAAACACGUUAACACGUUGAUUGUGUCUCGGUUAACCAUGCG